CAGCCCGGUGGAACAUGGCGAAGACCUACGAUUAUCUCUUCAAGCUGCUGCUGAUCGGCGACUCGGGUGUGGGCAAGACCUGUGCGCUCUUCCGCUUCUCCGAGGAUGCGUUCAACGCCACCUUCAUCUCCACCAUCGGUAUUGACUUUAAGAUUAGAACCAUAGAGCUAGAUGGCAAGAGAAUUAAACUGCAGAUAUGGGACACAGCUGGGCAGGAACGGUUUAGAACAAUCACAACUGCAUAUUACAGAGGAGCAAUGGGCAUCAUGUUGGUAUAUGACAUAACCAAUGAGAAAUCUUUUGAAAACAUUCGGAAUUGGGUCAGGAAUAUUGAAGAGCACGCAUCCCCAGAUGUCGAAAAGAUGAUUCUUGGAAACAAAUGUGAUGUGAAUGAUAAAAGACAAGUUUCUAGAGAGCAAGGGGAGAAGCUAGCUAUUGGUUUUGGAAUUAAAUUCAUGGAGACCAGUGCAAAAGCGAAUAUUAAUAUAGAGAACGCAUUUUUCACUCUUGCGAGAGAUAUCAAAGCAAAAAUGGACAAGAAAUUGGAAGGCAAUAGCCCACAAGGCAGCAACCAGGGAGUCAAAAUCACACCAGACCAGCAAAAGAAAAGCAGCUUUUUCCGAUGUGUUCUUCUGUGAGGGACACUGCCUUAACCUGAGCACUGCUCAAUAGAACUGGACUGUGCCUGUUCUGAGUGAGAUUUCCUCUGUGUGUGGAUUUAACACUUUCAAUAUGUCGUGUCACACUGUGGCCAUCAGAAUAAGAUUAAGAAAUUGUUUAUUUUAAUAACUGUCUGACUCUUCAAUUUUGGAGAUGAAAUUUUUUAAAUAUUUUUCUGUCACACCUUCCGCUUGGCAUAUGCAUUGUUUAGGGAAGGCAUACAGAUCAAAAGUGACCUCCAAUAGCACCUUUACUGACAAGCUUCACUCUCUGGGCGGGGGUUUAUAUCUAAUGUGUCUAAAGUAGAAAAAUUAAAUGACUUUACACUGAAAUGCCAACAUUAAUAAAUUAAUGGUAUGUGUACAUGAUACACGCAUAUAAAUGUCUAUAGAUACAUAGAGCACAAUCACUUCAAAACAACGAAAAUGCACUUAUUUUAAACAGUUACUUAUAGCUUUCAAAUGGUGGGUAGAAGCUUUCUGCAUAUCUAUCCUUUUGGCUAUCACAGGACAAAAUCAUUUUUGUCUGUACGUCACUAGUUCAGUUCCACCGUUCUAGACAAUCCACCAGUAAAAAUUAAAUGAAACACAAUGCCUCAUCAGAAAGAGAGAAAAUAUCUAUUUUUUUAGAGAACCAAAGUGUGCUGUAAAUAUAAUAAAUCCUUGAUAUGAGAAGUUUUGGAGGAAAAAACUUUAUUUUCCCCAUGUUAGGGAGGACCAUCCAUAAUAUAUUUGUCGAAUAUCUAGGCAUCUUUUAAAUUGAGAUAAUUUUAUUCUAUACUCUUGUGCAAAUGAUCUGUGUUUCUAAUCUGUUAUCUAUAGUUAUAGGCCAUGGUUCAAAUAUAUAGACCACCUUAUUCAAAAGUAACGAUAUAACUGAAUAACACUAUCAUGGGCCGCAUACGUUUUUAAUUUCAUAGUUGAGAAUGACUUCAAACAAACCUUUCAUGAUUUAGUGGUUAUUUCUAACUUGUGAAAACAAAAAUGUAUUGCAUUGCUCCCGCAUGAAAAUGCACACUCCAUAUAUUGACACUUUCUGAAAACUGGCUUUUUUUUUUUUUUUUUUUUUUUUU